AAAAAAAAACCUUUUUUAUUUUAUUUUAUAUUUUUAUUCACACGCGCAGCGAAGCAGCAGCAGGCAGCGCAAAAGAGGCGAGCCUUUGCGUCGCCCCGCCCGCGCGCGUGCGAGAUCUCGGCGAGCUCCUGCGCCGUCGCCGGAGGAGGAGGAGGAGCGCCCCCCCGCAGGGUUUGCGGCGGCCGGGGAUCCGGCGGCGAUGGCGAGCCGGCUGAAGGAGGAUGAGCGGAACGAGCGGAUCAUACGUGGGCUGCUCAAGCUGCCCGCUAACAAGAGGUGCAUCAACUGCAACAAUUUGGGACCACAAUAUGUCUGUACAAAUUUCUGGACCUUCGUUUGUACGAAUUGCAGUGGAGCACACCGAGAGUUCACUCAUCGAGUGAAGUCAGUUUCCAUGGCUAAAUUUACUGCACAGGAAGUUAGUGCUCUUCAAGAAGGAGGAAAUGAGCGUGCCAGAGAAAUAUUCUUCAAGGAAUGGGAUCCUCAACGUAAUUCUUACCCUGACAGCAGUAAUGCUGAUAAAUUGAGGAACUUCAUCAAGCAUGUCUAUGUGGAACGGAGAUAUACAGGGGAAAGAAGUGCUGAUCGGCCACCAAGGGGAAAGGAUGAUAAGGAUGAAAUUAGUGAAAAUAGGAGAUCUGAUGGAAAUUGGGGUAGCUCAAGAAGUCCUCCAUAUAAUGAAAGCUACUCUGAUCGUCGCAGUUAUAGUGGAAGGAGCGAUGACAGAAAUUCCAGAUACUCCUAUGGAGAACGAAGUCCUGGCUAUGAACAGAAUGAUUAUAAGAAAAGUCCCCGCUACUUUGACGUUGAUGAUAGAAGUCGUGAGGAUAGAUCUGGGAAAACAACUCCAGUUCAACGGUUUGAGGACCGCAGGUCUUCUGAACCACAAAAGCUAGACAAUGGUUCUCCAAAUUACCAGAAGGAAACUGAUGGAUCUAGCCCUGUUGUACGGCCGGUGAGGGAUAUAUUAGGCGAUAAUGCACCUCAACUUCGAGUUGGUGAACCUCCUAAGCCACAUGUAGUAAGACCAAUUUAUCCUCCAAGACCAGUUGAUCCUCCAAGACCGAUUGAUCCCCCAAGAGUAAUUGAUCCCCCAAGAGCAAAUGGUCCCCCAAGACCAAAUGGAACCAGAGCCAUCGAACCUCCACUGCAGAGGCAGAGGACAUCAACUGCCAGCAGUAUUGGUUCUUCUGAGGGUACCUCGGAACAGAUAAAGGCAGCAAAUACGAUAAGUUUGAUUGAUUUCAGUGCAGAUUCUGAGCCUGUAUCUGUGCCACUGCCACAGUCGACCCCUACAUCACAACAGCAGCCUGCUAAUGCACAGCCAGUGCAACCUGUUAAUGCACCAGCACAACAGCCUGUUCUGGAACAAGGGACAAAUGCAUCAUCAGUGAUCAGUGGUGGAGGUGACUGGGCAUCUUUUGGUUCUUUUGGCCAGCAACAAACACCACAAGCUAGCAAUAGUGUAAAUCCCCUUGAGUCUGCGCUUGCACAACUAUCAUUUUCUGAAACACCCUCUGCAUCCAAUGCAUCAGCUUUUCCAGCCUCUGUCAGUUCCACUUCAGUUCCAAAUGAUGGAGGAUCAUUUUUUGGUGCAUCCCUUGGAGUCUCAGGUCAUCAGGCCUCAACAGGAAUUUCUGUCCAUGGAUCUUCUGUUCAACAAACUGGUCUAGCUGGUCCGACAGUUGUACUUCCAUCUCAGGUGUCUGCAAGUUCGCGAGCAACUAGUGGCAUUCCAGAAGCAGCACCUUCUACAGACAGUAGAUCCAUUGGUCGGAAAGAACUUCCAGCGGAUAUCUUUACCUCACUAUAUCCACAAGGAGCAAUGGGGGGUUGGCAGAGAACACCCCAAUUCGGAAUGGGAUAUGCCAUGCCAUAUCAGACUCCAAUGGGAAUGCAAGCAUAUCCUCUGAUGGCAUUUGCUCAACCUGCAUAUCAACAACCUCAACAACAUGUUUAUCCGCAACAUGCAUAUCCCCAACCUGCAAAAGCAUCAAACCCUUUUGAUCUUGGCAACGAGCCAGCUCCAAUUCAAGCUCACACGCAGCAGCCCCUACCUGGACCAUUGGGAGCAUCUGCUGGCAUGACUCCCACAACCUUACAUGGUACCUCAAGUUUUGGAGUCCUUCAACAACAACCUCAGCAGCUGUAUCAGUCACCUGCACCUCCAAAUCAUUACAUGAUGCAGCAAGUUCCAAACAUGGCUGAGCAGUUACCUAAUUCCAUGCUUCCAAUGCAGCAAGGAGGGUUGGGUUCCCUCAGCAUGGGCUUUGAUCAACAAGCCGCUCCCAGGUAUCCCCACCCAAACACCCCACCUUCGUAUGGCUCUGCUGGCGGAAAUCCUUUUGGGUGAGUUCAUAUAUAAUUGGUUGUCUGUACAAUAUUAUCCGUUCUUUUGGAGUCUUGUGCAUCAUCGGACAAGGGUUUGCAAUGCCCGGCGGGAUCAGGAACCAUACUAGCCCUCAACAGAGAAUUGGUUUCAUAUAACUGGUUGUGUAUUUAUCUGCUAUAGUUCGUUGUUCAACUCAUCUCCACAGGGGUAGUGGUCGAGUGUUACUUUGAGCAUAAGCUCCAGCCGCGGAGUUCUUGAUGCACAUCCAAUAGUUCUUGUAUAUUUGUGUUUGCUGCGGUUACAACAUGUAUAUUUGGGAAGAAUGUGAGGCCUUGUGGCUUCGAUUUCUCUCUUUUCACA